GACCUUUCUCGCGGCUACCUGGGUGGGUCUGGCGUGGAGGCGUCAGGCACCUCCACCGAUCCCUAUCAUUAGCCACAAAUUGGACGUGAAGGUAAACAGAGAAAAUUGUAGAAAAAUGCCACGCUGGCCCCAUGUACGGAUGACGGUUAAUGGAAUGAUGAGGUGACCCACUUUUAUUCUUCCUCGUCUGGGGCUGAAGAACCACAACGAAGGCUCUUUUUUCUUUCUUUUCCAGGCUAAUUGAAGAAGACACCUACAGACAAUUAGCAGGCCCAUAUUUAUUCUUCUUCGUAUGAACCUGAAAACUGCAACUUAAACCUUUUCCUUUUUCUCCAGCCUUCAGUAGAAUCAUACCAAAGUUGUCAUUUUCUCCUCCAUGAUGUAGUAGAGUUAAACUGGCUUUAGAUGGGCCGUUUGGUCUUUCCGCCGCAACUGCAGGGUCAUGUGGCGCCGAAACUAACUGUAGAAAGCAAUUAAAGGCAGCUAACAGGCCAUUUUCUAUUCUCCUUCGUCAGUAGCUGAAGAACCACAACUAAGACUAUUAUCUCUCCCCCCCCCAGGUAGUUGUAGGAUGAGGAUGGCCGCCGUGGAAGUCGGCAAGACAACGGGGAGCCAUGAGUGCGGAGGCUGCGGAAAGCGGAUCAACGACCGCUACCUCCUGAAGGCGGUGGACCUGUACUGGCACGAGGACUGCCUCAAGUGCGGCUGCUGCGACUGUCGGCUGGGCGAGGUGGGCUCCACGCUCUACAAGAAGGCCAACCUCCUCCUGUGCAAGCGUGACUAUCUAAGGUUGUUCGGGACCACCGGCCACUGCUCCGCCUGCAACAAAGUCAUCCCCGCCUUCGAGAUGGUCAUGAGGGCGAAAACCAAUGUAUACCACCUCGAGUGUUUCGCUUGUCAACAGUGCAACCACAGAUUCUGCGUGGGGGACCGCUUCUACCUGUGCGACAACAAGAUUCUCUGCGAAUACGACUACGAGGAGCGCAUGGUCUUUGCUAACAUGUCGUACUCGUCUGACUCGCUGGCACACAUCAAGCGACAAGUUAGUGACCUCCAGCAGCCCCCGGAGGAAUCUGGCUUGGCUCAACGCGGCGGCACCCCCACCCACGGCGCGGCCCUCCCCCAGCAGCCCGCCCAGCACCACCAGAUGGGGAUGAACGGCAUGAGCCUCGGCAGCGGCGUCGGCAGCGGCCCGGGCACGUCGGGGAUGCUGCUACCCACGUCACUGGCGGACCGGGGGGGCCUUGGGGAGCCGCAACUUGGCGUAGGCGAUGGCGUCCUGAAGGCCCCCGCAGCCCCCCAGCAGCCCAACAGCUCCAAUCAGGCGGUGGCUGACGACGCAUCGAGCGGCUACGGCAGUCCCGACUCUCUUACCAUGGAGGACCGAUGAGACGCGGCUGGGAGGGGGCGCAAAAGGCGGCGGACAUGACCAACGCAGGCUCCGUCGCAGCUCCCGCAGGCACCGUCACAGGCACCGCCACCGAUGCCGACACUGCCACAAGCUUCGUCGUCACAACAGUUUCCAUUCCCGAUGCCACAGAUGCCGCCGCCCUACGCGUCUCAUCUGCCGUCGAUGAUGUCGCAGAUGUUGCCGCGGUCCCAGGCACAAGGUCGGCUUCCCCAACAGCCGCCCAUGCUGCCCGGGAUGGCCUCGUCCUGCCCCGAGAUGAUCCGCGGAGCAGGGCCACCAACACAGCUGCAGCCUCAGUGGCCGCCACAGUUUUAACUCGGCGCGGCAACACAGUAUCCAGCACGGCCACCUCCAGCCCUGGAGGCAGCCCGAGGCCACAGCACCAGACAAACACCUUUGCGUGAGGUGGCCGGAUCUGUUGUUGUCUUGCUGAGGCAAAGCCAAGGCCUGUGGCAAACAGUGACAGUAGCACGGAGCUUCAGCGAUGGACCAAGCCAAAGCCCCCGCCUGUAGCCCCCUCCCAAGGCACAGCCAACUCCCAAGCCCCGGCGCCAGCGGCACCAAAUAGCGGGCCGCCAGGUCGUCGGCGGCGGCCCCGACAACCACCCGUCAAGCAGGAAGACUCGCCCGCCGCGGAGGCGUGGGCGCUGCCACGACUUUAUUCUCGCUAACAGAAGGAAGCAUGGACUGGUGAAUGCUUUUUACGGCUCUGUUAUGUGAUAUGUAAAGCAUUACUGUAAUGAUCGAUGGAAAACUCAAAGCAACAAGUAAUAUUAUUUGUAAAUAUAAUUUUAAGGCCAAAUGUGAGAUAAUGAACUCCCCGUUUUCGUGUGAGAUUGGUUGAGGGGAGACCCUCGUGCAUGUACAGUGACGGAACACUCUUCCUAUCUUGGUGUGCCAUAAAGACCUACUUUUAGCAGUUACUUAGUUUUCGGUUGACGCUACAGCCUUGAGGAUUGCACAAGCUGCGCUAGUCAAGUGAGGGAGCAAAAGACGAGCAGUGACCGAAGCACCAGUGCUCGCCAGUACCUGUAUGGCACCAAAGGACUGACUGACAGACGGCCGUCUCAAGCGGCUCACGUGUAUAAUCCUCGUCACAACAACAAAAACAACAACAACCAACACGCUCUGAAAAUGCUUGUUUAUGUUCUCUCAUACGUAAUCAGAGUAGUUCCGUAACGGACAGUAAGACCAUACAAGGGCAAGUAGCACCGGCCAGGUUGACUGUAUAUAAUGUGCACAUUUGCUUUCACCAACCUGAUCCGGCUUCCCAUUUUCUAUACACACCUAGUCGCAGCUCACACUAAUUUGCGCUGUAUCGCGGCGUAACUUCGCAAGAACUACAUUGCACGUCAGCGUCAUGCCUGCGAGCUCGUGCGGCGAGCUGAUCCUGCUGCCCAGCGGGCCCGCCGGGGCUGCCGCUCUGGCUCUUCGCCCCCUGGGGCAGAGGGCCGCGAGGAGCCCCGGUGGAGCGCUGCGGCCAGCUCGGCGGGGCGCCGCGGCGGGGCCGGCGGGCGCCGCGCUGACGAGAUGUGGAGCCUCGAACAUUACGUUGUCGUACAGUAAAUGUGAUACUUGUCGACGGCAAAUACAAAUAUGUGAGUAAGUGAGUGAAAGAAUACAUUAUUCCAUAACAAAAAAAAAAGAUUGCAAUGACAUAAAUCAAUUUUCUUAUUUCUUUUGGUUUAUAAAAUAUUAUGGAAUAAUGGCAAUUGGUGGUGUGUGAACGGAAUCGUUAUGGCUGUUUUCGCAUUCUUGUUGUUCAUUUACUGUAUGUACAAAGUUUAAAUGUUAUCAUCAAGGACAUUAAAUGAUUAUAAUAAUUAUCAUAACUGUUUCCAUAAUUAUGUUUCAUUCUUCUUAGUUGUUCACAGCCUCGUAAUGCCCAACCAUUACGUUUGUCACUGUCUUGUCCCCGCGUGUCCCCGGCGUGGGGCACGAGGCCCCCGUAAGGCCCCGGCCCCGGAACCCGGACCUCGGCCCCCGGCCCCCGCCACGCACUACCGACAAUACAUUCACUUUUCUCAUCACCGUUGGAACAUUAAGAGUGAAUCUGGCGAUGUAUCGAGACUAGAAUCUCACUGCAGUGCCUCCGGAAGGAACUCCCUCCGGCAGGCACACCAGCGAAGCCUCCGCCGCCUUCUGCUGCCGCCAAGCGUCGGCUGCAUUCCCUCUCACCCCCUGUCACCGUCUUGCCACCCAUCCCCCACUCAGAAGUACCGGUUCCAUGCAUGAGUCCUUGUCAGCUCACUCCGGACUCUAAAUUGUUAAUGUAUACGAGCAUUAGGUCUCUUCUAAAAAGAUUUUGUCAAAAAUAAACGUUCCCAACGGUGUGUUGAUGUAUCCGCGUCACGGCGCGUCGGACACAGCAAUCCUGUUCCCGCUAAGAUCAGAGUCGCAGCCGAGGACGCGGCGAGGCGCGGGCGGCGGCGGCGGCGAGGUGCAGUGCCGCGUUCCUCCAGGCCAGGCAGGGGCCAGGCCUAGUGUUGCAGGGUGUCGCGCCUCCGUGUCUCCCACUGUACAGAGAACGACCGGCCUCACCCACCCAUGGUACAACUCACCCACAUUCGCGACAAGCAGAUAUAAAUAUUACGUGAAUUAUCUGAACUUAUCAUCCUCAAGUAUACGCUAACCAUUAUUUGACCCGGGCCCACGCGGCGCCGCCACCACGCGGCGGGGCGGCGCUGGGCAGCCUGUGGACCGAAUUUCGUUCAUAUUUAUUGAAAGUGUAUGUAGUGGCGUCCAGUGCUAAGGUACAAGCCCAGUGAUUCCCCCACAGACAAAAACCACGACGAGUUCCUUAGCGCGAGAUCCAGACAGUGAAGCAGAGUCCACGAGGGGCGCGUUGCCCCCCGGCAGACUUGUACCUUGGCACGGGCGCGGCCCCCAUGUCUUUGUUAACUAUACAUGUGCUCAACGACCUCCACACACACGUCUCCUGCGUUUUCUGUUGAUGCUCAUUUUGAUAACCAGAGGGAGUGCCUGAGACGACCAGCACGGCAGACGUUUCUCGGUCUAAAGCAGUAUAACGACUCUCCUUCAAAGCCCACGAAACAUGUAUACCAAAAAGUGUUAGAUAAUGUACAGACAAAGUAAUGACCUAUAUGAACCGCGUUUUGUUGUAAUUCGGCCUCAACACGUCAGUCAGCUUCAGCAGCGGCCACCGACACACGGCGCGGCGCGGCCAGGGCGCCGCCGCGGGUUCCUGCCGCUGUUCACUUCAGUUCCUUGAGUCGACGUUGCAUUCAGCCGCUUAGUGACUCGCAUUUCGCUGAUCGAAUCCAAAGUGGUAAUUGAAUCUGUAUUAAUUUAUUUGUUUACUCUUUUAUAUAUAAAUAGAAUAUACAUAUUCUUUUUCUAUUCAAUUUAAAUAAGAUUUGAUGGUCUUCAUAUACUUUUAUAACAUUCCCGUUUCCUCCUCCCUUCCUUCCCUCCGGGAUCCUCAAAAACGAGCACAAAGCUAACACUAAAUUUACAGCUAAACAUUCCCGCGGCCGCCGCACGGCCGGGCCGCCUCUCAUUUUAAGGAAUGAAUUUGUUUGUUUAAGAGGUUUAAAAAAACGUUAGAAAACCCCAGCUGCUGGCAUUUGCAUGGCACUUGAGGCCCAACCCUACCAUACGCUGCAGGCCGCACGCUCUUGUCUUGUAACUGUAAUUUGAUUAAAAGUUCAAGUCGCAGGCUAAUGACUGAGAAGCCGCGUGAUGCAGGCCGUCUGUCUGCCGCCCUGUGACCCACCACUCGCCGGGACCCUGGAACGCACGCGGCGGCGGUGGUGUGCGGUGCGGUGGCCGCUGUGGCUGUGGUCAGGCUCACGCCGCAGGUGCUGCAGGCCUCCUGCAGACCCAGUCUGCCAUGCGUGUUGGCGUUUGAAGCACUGCCGCGGCCCUCAGGCCCCGUCACCCAGGAGUCGGGGAAGUGGGAGGGCCGCGGUGUUGUCGGACACCAACACAGCAGCAGCAGACUCUGCCGCCACGCUCCCACACCAGGCUGCCUGUCCAUGCAGCCAGUCACUGGCGCAGGCAGCGGCUGCAUCAGGCUGACCCAGUCACUAGUGCAGGCCGCAGACUAGUCCCUUCUUGACCCCCUCCCACUCUUGUUACCAAAGUUAUUGUCUAGAAUUGCACUUUUCUUAAAGUGAAUAUAUUUUGUACAAAGGAAU